AUGGUUCAUCUCGCUCAGAUCAAGAAAAACCAGCCCUCCGACCAGGACGCUGCCGGCCGGUUGGCCAACAUUCAGCUCGAUACUCCCGUGCAUGAUGGCGGGGUUCGGGAUGGAGACAAUUACGCCUCCAGUGUGUAUGGCAGCCGGUUUGCCAUUCAGCAGAUGCCCGGUCUGGAGAUGCCGGAGCGAGAGAUGCCUCGUGAUGUCGCUUAUCGGUUGAUCAAGGAUGAAUUGAGUCUGGAUGGUAACCCGAUGCUCAAUCUGGCGAGUUUCGUCACCACGUACAUGGAAGAUGAGGUGGAAAAACUCAUGUCGGAGUCCUUCAGCAAGAACUUUAUCGACUACGAGGAAUACCCCCAAUCCGCUGAGAUCCAGAACCGCUGCGUCAACAUGAUCGCUCGGAUGUUCAAUGCCCCCACCACCAGCGAGAAUGAACAUCCCAUGGGUACUUCGACCAUCGGAUCCUCCGAGGCCAUCAUGUUGGGCACGUUGGCCAUGAAGAAGGCCUGGCAGAACAAGCGGAAGGCUGAGGGUAAAGACACUUCUAAGCCUAACAUCGUUAUGAACAGUGCCGUUCAGGUCUGCUGGGAAAAGGCCGCCCGGUACUUUGACAUCGAGGAGCGCUAUGUCUACUGUACCGAGGAGCGGUACGUCAUCGACCCCCAGCAGGCUGUGGAUCUCGUCGACGAGAACACCAUUGGUAUCUGUGCCAUCAUGGGCACGACCUACACUGGUGAGUAUGAGGAUGUCAAGGGCAUCAACGACCUCCUGAUCGAGCGCGGACUGGACACUCCCAUCCACGUUGACGCGGCCAGCGGUGGCUUCGUCGCACCUUUCGUCAAGCCGGACCUGGUCUGGGACUUCCGUCUGGAACGUGUCGUCUCGAUCAAUGUCUCCGGCCACAAGUACGGUCUGGUUUACCCCGGUGUAGGGUGGGUUAUCUGGCGCUCGCCGGAAUACCUUCCCCAGGAGCUGAUCUUUAACAUCAACUACCUGGGCGCAGAGCAGGCCAGUUUCACCCUGAACUUCUCCAAGGGUGCUUCGCAGGUCAUCGGCCAGUACUACCAGAUGAUCCGUCUGGGUAAGCACGGCUACCGGUCCAUCAUGCUCAACAUCACCAGGAUCGCGGACUACCUUGCUGCGCAACUGGAAGAGCAAGGGUUCAGAAUCAUCAGCCAGCGUAGUGGCAAUGGACUGCCCGUCGUGGCAUUCCGUCUGCCCGCGGAUCGGUCCGGGCUCUAUGAUGAAUUUGCGUUGGCGCACCAGCUGCGCGAACGGGGAUGGAUUGUGCCGGCGUACACGAUGGCGCCGAACAGCAACCAGCUCAAGUUGAUGCGUGUGGUCGUCCGCGAGGAUUUCACUAUGGGACGGUGCCAAGCCCUGUUGACGGAUAUCCAGUUGGGUAUGAAGACGUUGCAGGAGAUGGACGAGAAGAUGGUGGACAAGUACACUUCGUAUAUCCGGACCAACUCGCACAAGUCGCAGCAUAACCAUCCGGAUUACAAGGGCGAGAAGCAUUCGUUGCAGGGCCAGACGGGCAAGACUCACGGGGUGUGCUAA